AAUUCAUACUGAACAGAAACACAAUUCUGUAUAUUAGAAAGCACAGAAAAAGACCUAUAAUGAACACAUUGGGAACAGUGCCAAAGAAAUAAACUCAAGGAAUUCAAGUGAGAACAUUCAGGAAGAAUCUGAAAAAUUGGAUUUUCAAGACUACUCCCACCCAUAUUCAUCUUCUAAGCCUACUGGAUUAUCUGGUUUGGAUGGUACAACACUUCAUCCAUCGAAGAAGGAAGUGGAGCAAGAAAAUGUAGUGAAACACCUACAGGAUGUGGAAAGAAAAAUGAACAUGCAAGAACAUCAGGAAAUUAAAGCCUUUGAAGUUCAUAAUGGCAGAAGGAGAAUGAUGAACCUGCGUCACUCCAGACAGAAAUCCAAAGAAUGGUACAACAGUUGUCGUAGUCCACAAUAUCAGCAGGAUCAGCUAACUAAAAAUAAGCAGGUUAGAUCUGGAAAGCUGGGGAAAAUGAACAACUGGAGAGAAUCUGAGAAUAAUACUGUUUCAAUGGGAAGGAUACAUGAGCUGGAAGAAGUAGAUUUGAACGACUACCAGGUCAAAAAGAAUGAAAAAAUUUGGAAGUAUGAAACUGAUGCAGCUAACAGACCUAAAGCACCAUGUCCUAAUAUUAACAUUUGGGAAGAGCGAAAAGCAAAACAAGAUGCUCUCCAAGAACUGAUUCCAUCUUCCAUUGAAGAUGAAGAAGCAAUGAUCUGGAAGGCUGUAGAGUUAAGCAGAGCUCAAGCUGUGGAGGAUGAAGAACUUAGAAUUGCAAAGCUGAAACUGAUGAACAGAGAAGUGACUUCCAGUAGUGAGAUACCAUGUGGUACAAAGAAAAAUGAAGAAGAAUGUGCACCGUUGUGUAGUCUGCCCUCUGGGGGAGGUAGUUUGCCAGACACAAAAAGUGAAACAGAUACGGACCAAGUGGUUAAAAAUACUUAUUCCCCAUCAGGCACUGAAAUAUUAAAACUAGGAAAACACAAAGAUGAGGGAAGAUGUGGGUUUGAGGAUUUUCCAUCAAGUACUGAACCACUUAAAUUAGAAGAACAGAAUAAUGAGGGAAGCCGUGAGUUGGAGGAAGACUUGGGAUAAUGUUCCUGUACCCAGUUUGCUCACACAUGAAAUAUCUGAGAGGAAAAGUAGUGAACUCAGAAAGCCAAAGAAUGAAAAAUUUCCAGGCUUUAUGAGUAAAAGGAACGAUCGGUG